AUGCUGUCCCGACUGCGCGCGGCCGCGGCGCCCGGCGUGAUGGCGCGGCGCAGCCUGCACACCAAGGAGAAGGGCAAGCCCCUGAUGCUGAACCCUCGCACAAACAAGGGCAUGGCCUUCACCUUGCACGAGAGACAAAUGCUUGGGCUGCAAGGACUCCUGCCUCCCAAAAUAGAGACACAGGACAUCCAAGCCUUACGCUUCCACAAGAAUUUGGCAAAAAUGACUGACCCCUUGGAAAAGUACAUCUACAUAAUGGGGAUCCAGGAGAGGAAUGAGAAGUUGUUCUACAGGGUGCUGCAGGACGACAUUGAGCGGUUAAUGCCCAUCGUGUACACCCCAACAGUGGGGCUGGCCUGCUCCCAGUACGGACACAUCUUCAGGAGACCAAAAGGAUUAUUUAUUUCCAUCUCAGACAGAGGCCACAUAAGGUCAAUUGUGAACAACUGGCCAGAGAACGACGUUAAGGCUGUUGUCGUCACUGAUGGAGAAAGAAUAUUGGGUCUUGGAGACCUGGGGGUGUACGGGAUGGGAAUUCCAGUGGGAAAGCUGUGUUUGUACACAGCCUGUGCAGGGAUACACCCAGAUAAAUGCCUGCCUGUGUGCAUCGACGUUGGGACUGAUAACACAACACUGCUAAAAGAUCCGUUUUACAUGGGGCUGUACCAGAAGAGGGAUCGCUCGCAGGUCUACGACGACCUGAUAGAUGAAUUUAUGGAAGCCAUUACAGACAGGUAUGGCCAGAACACUCUCAUCCAGUUUGAAGACUUUGGGAACCACAAUGCAUUCCGGUUCCUAAGGAAGUACAGGGAGAAGUACUGUACCUUCAAUGAUGAUAUCCAAGGCACAGCCUCGGUGGCCUUGGCAGGGCUGCUGGCAGCACAGAAAGCCACUGGGAAACCCCUCACAGACCAGAAAGUGCUGUUCCUUGGAGCUGGAGAGGCCGCCCUGGGAAUUGCAAACCUCAUAGUUAUGGCGAUGAUGGAAAGUGGUGUUUCCCAUGAGGAAGCCUCCAGGAGAAUAUGGAUGUUUGACAAGCACGGCUUGCUGGUUCAGGGUCGAGAGCAGAAGGUGGAUUCCAACCAAGAGCCAUUUACACAUCAGGCUCCAGAGCACAUACCAAAGACAUUUGUAGAGGCAGUGAAUGUACUUCGGCCUUCAGCUAUCAUCGGAGUCGCUGGGGCAGGGCGUCUCUUCUCGCAGGACGUGCUCAAAGCCAUGGCCUCCAUCAACGAGAGGCCCAUCAUAUUUGCACUGAGCAACCCCACGGUGAAGGCGGAGUGCACGGCAGAGGAGGCUUACACGGUGACAGAGGGCCGUUGCCUGUUUGCCAGCGGCAGUCCCUUCGAGCUGGUGACUCUGAAGGAUGGAAGAACCUUCAAACCCGGCCAAGGAAACAACGCUUACAUUUUUCCAGGCGUGGCUCUGGCUGUGAUCCUCAGCAGUGUCCGGCACAUCAGUGAUAAGGUUUUCCUAGAGGCUGCCAAGGCACUGGCAGAGCAGUUGACGGAUGAAGAGCUCGCACAGGGAAGACUUUAUCCUCCACUGUCCAAUAUCAGGGAAGUUUCUAUUUAUAUUGCUGUCAAGGUGAUGGAGUUCCUGUACGCCAACAACAUGGCCUUCCACUACCCCGAGCCCGCCGACAAGAGCCGCUACAUCCGCUCCAAGGUCUGGACCUACGAGUACGAGUCCUUCAUGCCGGACGUGUACGACUGGCCCGAGUCCAAGGUGCACUGA